AUGCAAUUAUUACGACUCCUAGUCGCGAUAGCCGUGGUGCUAUUCUCCGUCGUUGUAAUCGCCGCCGAGGAUUACUACAAGGUGCUUGGACUUGCGAAGUCCGCAUCGGAGAGGGACAUCAAGCGCGCGUACAGAACACUAAGCAAGAAAUACCACCCUGACAAGAACCCCAACGACGAUACGGCGCGCGAGAAAUUCGUCGAAAUCGCAGACGCCUACGAUGUACUCUCGACUAGCACGCUGCGCAAAGUUUACGAUCAAUACGGCCACGACGGGGUAGAGCAGCACCGCAAAGGUGGAUCAGCCGGCGGCGGCCACGACCCAUUCGACCUGUUCUCGCGAUUCUUCGGUGGGGGCGGACACUCCGGACACGCGCCUGGACACCGUCGCGGACCGGACAUGGAAGUGCGGGCUGCGUUGCCACUUCGGGAUUUCUAUAAUGGACGCGAGAUCAACUUCCUUGUUGAGAAGCAGCAGAUCUGUGAUUCGUGUGAGGGUACCGGAUCCAAGGACCGAGAGGUUGUGACUUGUGAUCGGUGCUCUGGACGUGGUAUGGUUAUUCAGAAACAUAUGAUUGCGCCUGGGAUGUUCCAGCAGGUGCAGAUGCAGUGUGAUAAAUGUCAUGGACAGGGGAAGAAGAUUAAGAAUCCUUGUCCUGUUUGUGAGGGAAAUCGGGUUGUUCGGAAUCAGGUUGAGACCAGUGCUAGUAUUGAGCCUGGGAUGGGCAAGGGGACUAGGCUUGUUUUUGAAAAUGAGGCUGAUGAGAGUCCCGACUGGAUUGCUGGGGAUUUGAUUGUUGUUUUGGAUGAGAAGGAGCCUGAGCUUGGGGUGGAAGUGGAGGAGAAGACCGAUGGGACGUUCUUCCGACGGAAGGGCAAGGAUCUUUUCUGGAAGGAGACUCUUUCGCUGCGCGAGGCGUGGAUGGGUGGUUGGAGUCGCAAUCUCACACAUCUUGAUGGACAUGUUGUCCGUCUUGGACGUGGUCGCGGUGAGGUUGUGCAGCCGUUGGCUGUUGAGACUAUUGCCGGAGAGGGUAUGCCCCAUUACUCCGAGGGUCAUUUACAUGAUCACCAUGAUGAGAAUGAUGAGGCGGGCAAUCUGUUUGUUGAGUAUACUGUUAUCCUGCCGGAUCAGAUGGAGAGCGGGAUGGAGAAGGACUUCCAUGCUCUUUGGGAGAAGUGGCGCAAGAAGAAUGGAGUUGAUUUGGCGAAGGAUUCUGGGCGACCUGUUGUGUCUCCGCCGGCGGAGGAUAAGGAUGAGUUGUGA